AUGUCAGGAGCAGUUGUAACGUAUGAUUGCAUCAAGUCAUUCAUGAAAGAGGUGCUCAUGAAGAUUGGAGCGCCAGAAGAAAACGCAGAGAUGACUUCAGAGACUCUAGCGAGUGCAGACCAUUCUGGGAUGUGUACACAUGGGAUUCAACGCUUUAAAACAGUUUACAUUGACAGAAUAGAAAAGGGAAUGAUCGACCCAAAGGCAACUCCAACAAUUGUUCGUGAGUCACCAACAACAGCAGUGUUAGACGGAAAUAAUGGGCUUGGACAUGUCAACGGGACAAUAGCAAUGAAAAUGGCUAUUGAAAAAGCCAAGAAAUAUGGCAUGGGAAUGGUUGUUGUUCGAAAUUCAACACACUUUGGAAUCGCCGGGUUUUAUUCACUCUUGGCCGCACAAGAGGGGAUGAUGGGAAUGGCAGGAACAAACGCAAGAUCGUCUGUUGCGCCCAUAUACGCAGACGAACCAAAACUUGGUACAAAUCCACUUUCUGUUGCUUUUCCCUCGGACGAGGCAUUUCCUUGGUGCUUCGAUGCUGCAACUUCAAUCUCUCCAACGGGGAGGUUUGAGAAGUUUGUCAGAGAAGGAAAACAGGUGGACCCAAGUUGGGCUUCAAAGGGUGGAGACACCCCACUUACAGACGCAGCAGCGUUUUUAAAAAUGUAUCCAAAGGGUGAGGCGUAUUUACACCCACUCGGAGGUAAAGAGGAAGUCAAUGGUGGGCACAAAGGAUAUUGCCUUUCAGAAAUGGUCGAAAUUUUAUCAGCAUGUUUCUCGACAUCAAGUUUCUUGAGCCAAAUUGAAGCUGGCGCAAAGACAACUGGAAAGUACGAAAUUGGACAUUUCUUCAUUGCUGUUGAUAUUAGCACUUUCAGAGAUCUCGAUGAGUUCAAAAAGAGUGUGGGAGACGUCAACAGAGAGCUCAGAGCAGCAAAGAAAAGACCGGGAUACGAUAGAAUAUACACUGCUGGAGAAAAGGAGUAUGAAACUUGUCAGUACGGACUUAAACAUGGCGUUCACAUUCCACAGACAACAGUCGAUGAGAUGACAGAGUUAAAAAAGAAAUAUGGUGUGAGUGUGAAGCUUCCAUGGGAAUAA